AUGGCCGCGGAAGGGCGCCCCUCGACGGCGCUGUCGUGCCUGCUGCUCCUGCCGUCGCUGCUGCUGCUGCUGGCAGCGCGCCCCGACGGCGCGGACGGCCAGCAUCCCUGGAGGCAGCAGAUCCGCUGGGAGAGCGGAGGGAGGCUUUUCAGCCUCUUCAACAGCGCCGCCCGCUUGCGGCCGCCCCGUCGGGGUCCCGGCGGCGGCCACCAGCCCCAGAGCCUCUACCUCAGCAUCGCCGCGCGCCCCCGCGGGGGAGCGCUCCGGACCGCGGCUCCCGGGCGCGUCCCGCGGGCCGGACCCGUCGCCCUCCAGGCCACCCGGGGCUUCCCCGGUUGGGGGGAAGAAGGCUCCGGGAUGGGGGUCCGCUCCGUCGAGGCCAGCCGGGGAGACGCGCCCGCCGGCGCGGACAGGGGUCCCCGAGGGCGCAAUGACUCGGUCCCCGGGACCCCUUCUCCAAGCCGGCUGCAAGAGCAGCAGCAGGUCACCCCAGGGGCAGCUCGAGGGAGCGGCCCGGCUGGUAGCUGGCCUCCGAUGGGGGGCAACGAGAUUCAGGGGGACCCGGUCCCCGAGGAAGAGGGAUCCCAGACGGCCCCCAGCGCCUCGACCAGGGACGACCCGCGGAACCCCUUCCAGCGGUGGAAUAGCAUCUUCUACGACGUCUACCCCGGUGCCAGGCAGCGCCCCUCGACGGCAAGCACCCCCAACAGGAGGCCAGGCUAUGGGACCCGAUUAUUUCAUCAUGGUAAGCUGGUUGGGGAGUAUUGGGGGGUGAUGGGGCAUAGAGGACCGUUUAGUCCAGCAGGAAUCUUUCGCCCAAAGUGGGACUCGAACUCAGGGCCCUGAGGUUAAGUGUCUCAGGCUGACUAUGGUUGUGGCCUGGGGGGGGCACUGGUGUGGGGGGCAGAGAGGAGUGAGAGAGCACCUGCUUUGCCCAAGGAAGUUCCCCAAAGGAAUCUCCGGGUAGGGCUGUGAGAUGCUGCCUGCCUGGGAAACUAGAGAGUUGCUCUAGAUGCUGCCAGUCCGUGCAGACAACACUAGGCUAAGUGGCCCAAAGUGCUGGCACAGCUGCCUGCACAUCUGGGACCUGAGCUGAUUGUACAUAUGUGCCACUGUUGUUUUCUUAUAUUUAUCACUUUUCAUUGCUUUAUUUUAAAAAAACAACUCAAUUGUUUUAGAUAUGUAUAACUGUUUUACGUAUGCCAUCAUGUUGUAAACUGCUUUCAGAUGUCAGUUUGUAAAUCUUUAGGGAACUGGCUGUUUUUAAUGAAGUGGCUGGCACUUUUCUUGUAAUUAUCUGAUUUUCCAUGUCUCAGCCCUUCAGAUAUUUAUGGGUGUUAUAUAUUUUUUGUAGGGGUGGCCAACUCCCAAGAGAGUGGCCAGGGAUCUACCCCCUUUUGGGGGGUUCAAAGUUGAUGAACUUUUUUUAGGAAGGAGGAAGGCCCGUUUUUGGGGGUUCAGGGCAAAGUUGUUUAGCUUUUUUUAGGUUGAGUUCCUCAAGUGGUUGAGUUCCUUUGGUUGGAGCCAAUAAUCUACCAGUGAUCUGCCACAGAUGUCCAGUGAUCUACCAGUAGAUCACGAUCUACCUGUUGGACAUGCCUGGAAGGGACUGGUUUUAAUGGUUGUAGCUUGCAGAAUUUUCUCUUGUAGAGUAACACAUACCAUGGACAAUACAGAUUGAUAUAAAAGUUAGCGUAUGGAAGAAUAUGCAGUUGUAAAUGUUCAAAAUGAGACUCCAUGGAAGGGGGUUGAGGGGAAGUCCCAAGAUUUGGAGGAAUCUCUGCAUAUGGAUAUAAAGGUAAAGGUAAAGGGACCCCUGACCAUUAGGUCCAGUCGUGGCCGACUCUGGGGUUGCGGCGCUCAUCUCGCUUUACUGGCCGAGGGAGCCGGUGUACGGCUUCCGGGUCAUAUGGCCAGCAUGACUAAGCCACUUCUGGCGAACCAGAGCAGCGCACAGAAACGCCGUUUACCUUCCCGCCGGAGCGGUACCUAUUUAUCUACUUGCACUUUGACGUGCUUUCGAACUGCUAGGUUGGCAGCAGCAGGGACCGAGCAACGGGAGCUCACCCCGGCACAGGGAUUUGAACCACCAACCUUCUGAUCAGCAAGUCCUAGGCUCUGUGGUUUAACCCACAGAGCCACCCGCAUGUGGAUAUAUAUUUGGAUUAUUAUAACUUUGCAUUUGUAAAGACAAAUAAAAAUGUUUGCAAGAAAAAAAGUUAAUGGUUGUAGAUGAUAGAUAGAUAGAUAGAUAGAUAGAUAGAUAGAUAGACAGACAGAUAGACAGACAGAUAGUUCUUCAUUGUUGUAACCUGCCCUGGGACUUUAUGGUAAAGGGCAAUAAAUCUAACUUGUUUAGAUGGCUUCAAAUUACAAGAAAGGAGACUAAAACACCAGGAACAACUUUAUGAUGGUUAAGAGUUGGCAGUGGAACGGUCUCCCUCAGGUGGUUGUGGACUCCUCCUCCUUGUAAGUUUUUAAGCAGGGGUGCUUUCGCUGAGAUUCCUGCACCCCCAGGGAAGUUUGCCUGGCACCAUCAUUAUACACCUUUAGGCACCAGGCAAAAACAUUCCUUUUUAACCAGGACUUUGGUUGAUCUUAUUGACAUCCAACACCCUUUUAGAAUGUGGCUUUUGGAGGGUGGGGUUAUUGGGUUACUGCUUUUUGUUUGAUUUUAUAUGUUGUGGUCUUGUUGUAAACUGCCCUGAGACCUCUGGGUAUAGGGCGGUGUAUGUUGAAUUUAUUAUUAUUAUUAUUAUUAUUAUUAUUAUUAUUUUACUGCCAACACUCAACAGAUCCCAAAUCUGAGCUGCUUGCUCUGCUUAGGGACAAAUGAGUCUUCCUGACCUUCCCGUGUCUCCUCCUCCCUCCUAGGGCUCCCAGAUUUGAUUCCCGAUCCGUACUUCAUCGAAGCAGGCACCUACAUCCAACGGGUCCAGCUGUACGCCUUGAAAUGCGCCGCGGAGGAGAAUUGCCUGGCAAGGUAGAGAGGGACGUACCUUCGCAUUUACGUCUCGGGUGCACGUUGGGUGAAGUCAGUGCGGUUGCAUGGUGCAAUUAUUAUUUUUUUUAAUAAUAAGAGGGGGGGUUGUUUGCAAGGGAUAUAGCACAAUAGGGCCUUCUCCUCUCAUGGUGCAAUCCAGACCAGGAAAUCCAGUGUCUGUUUUCAUCUUGCGGGUUUACGAUUCCUUGCGGGUUGUUUUCCCCAGUGGAAUUCCCUCAGAAGGUGGAAGAUUUUCCAUCCUUGGAGGGGUUUUUUAGCAGAGGCUAUCUGGCCAUCUGGUCGACGGGACGCGGGUGGCGCUGUGGGUUAAACCACAGAGCCUUGGGCUUGCCGAUCAGAAGCUCGGCGGUUCGAAUCCCCAUGAUGGGGUGAGCUCCCAUUGCUCGGUCCCUGCUGCUGCCAACCUAGCUCUUCGAAAGCAUGUCAAAGUGCAAGUAGAUAAAUAGGUACCGCUCCCGCGGGAAGGUAAACGGCGUUUCCGUGCGCUGCUCUGGUUUGCCAGAAGCGGCUUAGUCAUGCUGGCCACAUGACCCAGAAGCUGUACGCCGGCUCCCUCGGCCAAUAAAUAAAGCAAGAUGAGCGCCGCAACCCCAGAGUCGGUCACGACUGGACAUAAUGGUCAGGGGUCCUUUACCUUUAUCUGGCCAUCUGCAACUGAUGCUUCAGUUGAGAUGCCAUCAUUUCAUGAGGUUGGGCCCUCAAGGUCCCAACCAACUCUAUAAUUCUAUGAUUUUUAUUUUAGUUCCAUAGUUGUUUAGAGCUGAGUCACUGUCCAAACUCAAGCGGACUUCAUCCUCCUUGAGGGCAAAGUUGCCCAAAGUGCAUCCAACACAAUUUUCACAGGGGUAUGAUGACUGCCUCUUUCCAUACGAACCUACCCCAUAGCUGUCAACUUUUCCCUUUUCUUGCGAGGAAUCCUAUUCGGAAUAAGGGAAUUUCCCUUUAAAAAAGGGAAACGUUGACAGCUAUGACCUACCCAGAUCCUGAGAUCAUCUUCUGCGGCCCUUCUUCGUGUGUCUCCUCCUUGAGAGGUCCAGAGGGUGGCAACACGAGAACGGGGCCUUCUCUGCAGUGGCUCCCCGUCUGUGGAAGGCUCUCCCUCAGGGAAGUUCGCCUGGCGCCUUCAUUACACACCUUUAGACUAAACCAAGCAAAAACAUUCCUUUUUAACCAGGCCUUUGGUUUUUGAUUGACAUCCUUUUAAAAUGUGAGGUUUUGGGUAGUUGUUUUUAUUUUGAUUGAAUAUUUUGUGGUUUUAUAUUUUGAUUUUGUUCUGUGAACCGCCCUGAGACCUCUGAGUCAAGGGGGGUAUAUAAAUUCAAUUAUUGAUAAUAAUAAUAAUAAUAAUAAUAAUAAUAAUAAUAAUAAUAGGACCUUGGCUGGUCCAGGGAUGCCAGGAUUUAACAAUGGCCUGUACAAUCCCAGUUCCCCACCAGCAGCUUGUUUCUGGGGGUGUAAAGGUAAAGUGACCCCUGACCAUUAGGUCCAGUCGUGGCCGACUAUGGAGUUGCGGCACUCAUCUCGCUUUAUUGGCCAAGGGAGCCGGUGUACAGCUUCUGGGUCAUGUGGCCAGCAGGACUAAGCCGCUUCUGGCGAACCAGAGCAGUGCACGGAAACGCCAUUUACCUUCCCGCUGGAGUGGUACCUAUUUAUCUACUUGCACUUUGACGUGCUUUCGAACUGCUAGGUUGGCAGGAGCAGGGACCGAGCAACGGGAGCUCACCCCGUCAUUGCGGGGAUUCGAACCGCCGCUGCAGGUCUGUUCUGUUGCAGUUGGGCAAGGAAGGCAGCGUGAGGGUUAAGGCGCCUGUAGGCAUUGGGCAGCGCCCUGGAACAGCAAACGGUCCUUUUCUGCUUAUUGAUUCUAGCUGGAAAAAUGCAAAAAAAAAAUAUUGGUGGGGAGGGUAGGGUAGAAUGAAAUGACUCCGUUUCCUGUAAACACCCAAACAAACAAAGCUGUUCUCCCAGGGCAGGAGAUGCCAAAGGGUCAAGCCUUUGCUUGUUUGCUCACUCAGUCCAUGAAUGGCCACUUCUUUCCCUCCUCACCUUCCCUCGCCCUCCUGAAUAGACUCCAAAAAUAGCUCUCUUUAGAGCUCUCGAAGCUUUGUUAUGCUAGCGCAAGAAUACUGCCCCUGCCAGCUGUGGAGAAUUCCCAACCAGUGGAAAAGUUUAUAGUCUGGCAUCCGAACUUAUGUCUGCAUCGGGGAAGAGCGUAGCUCAGAAGGAGAGCAUCUACUUUGCAUAUAAAAGGUCUAGCUGCCGGCCAGAGUUGACAGCACUGACCUAGAUGGACCACUAGCUCCAGGAUAGCUCAGUGGGUUAGAGCAGGCAUACGCAAACUCGGCCCUCCAGAUUUUUUGGGGACUCCAACUCCCAUCAUCCCUGACCCCUGGUCCUGUUAGCUAGGGAUGAUGGGAGUUGUAGUCCCAAAACAUCUGGAGGGCCGAGUUUGCCUAUGCCUGGGUUAGAGCAAUGUGCCGAUAAUGCCAUGGUUGCAGGUUCGAUCCCCGUAUGGGCAACUCUGGCUAUGGGGUUGGACCAGGUGAUUCUCUGGGUCCCUUCCAACUCACCUUUGCACCUGCCUUACGGGGGGAGGGGCAUUUGCAGGCCUAACUUGGGCCAGAGGGCUGCCUUUACCUUCUAGGAGGCUACAUGCUUGUGGGGGCGGGGCCUGUGACAAAAAUGGGUGGGGCAACGAAUGCAAAUUUCACAUCUGUACAGUAGGACGAUCGCUACGCGAACUCCUUGCCCGUCUCGCUAUCCUGGAGCCGGAAAAGAAGUGGCUUAGAGUUCGUGGACACACCCCAGCCAGGAAGAACUAGGUCCCUUUACCUUUUAAAGGUGCCAAUUGGACUUGAGGGGUUUCUUUAAGUAUUUAGCCCUCAGAAUUUCAUCUAACUUACAGUGCAACAUAUAACGAACGGUGAUCUCAGCCGACUGACAUCUGCAGACACGGAAGCGCAGUUCUCCGGGGAUGUUUUUAAUAUCGCUCUUCCGGGAAGUUGGUUUUCAUUGUCUUCACUUCCGGUCAGUACCUGUUUCAGCAGCUCCCUGCCCAAAUCCCGUAAGACUUGGGUUCUGCUUUUGGAGGGGACAACAACCCCCAAAGAGGCAUCUGUUGGGACAGGAUAAAGGGUAAAGGUAAAGGGACCCCUGACCAUUAGGUCCAGUCGUGACCGACUCUGGGGUUGCAGCGCUCAUCUCGCUUUAUUGGCCAAGGGAGCCAGCGUACAGCUUCUGGGUCAUGUGGCCAGCAUGACUAAGCCGCUUCUGGCAAACCAGAGCAGCGCACAGAAACGCUGUUUACCUUCCCACCGGAGCGGUACCUAUUUAUCUACUUGCACUUUGAGGUGCUUUCGAACUGCUAGGUUGGCAGGAGCAGGGACCGAGCAACGGGAGCUCACUCCAUGGCGGGGAUUCGAACCGCUGACCUUCCGAUCGACAAGUCCUAGGCUCUGUGGUUUAACCCACAGCGCCACCUGCGUCCCUUGAAUCCUUGCUGGGACAGGAUACUGACAUCCAACUUGGCUCCUCCAUUAUCCAUGGCCUCUUCUCUUUCCUGCAGAUCUGCCUACCAGCCAGGGCUGAGCAACAUCAGCUACCGGGUCCUCCUUCGCUUCCCGCAGAGGGUGAAGAACCAAGGCACGGCCGACUUCCUCCCUGUCAAACCAUACCACGCUUGGGAGUGGCACAGCUGCCACAAGUGAGUAAGCCAAGCCAAGCCAAGCCAAGCCGGUCAGCUGGGGCCGAACUCUCUCUCUUCUGCAUUUCUGUCCCCAGUAGAUAUCCAAAAGGGAUGUUGAAAAGUAGGACCUCAACAGCUAUCCCCACACACGUUUCCCAGGGAGUGAAUGCCCUCCAUGUAGGAUGCAACAUAAGCAGUCAAGCACAACACUUCCUGUUUGCCCAGAGUGGACACACAAGGGGAUGUUGGUCCACUUCCUGGUGACUUCCUGUCACACCUGGUCUGGAGAAUCCUCCCCCUGCAUGUGACCAGGUAGAUGGGUGUGACCCUGGGAGACCCCAUAAAAGGGCUGGUCCCUCCUGGUCCCUCCUCCUCUUGGUUCCUCCUCCUCCUCCUCCUGGUUCUUCCUCCUGGUUCCUCUUCCUCCUCCUGGUUCCUCCUCCUCUUCCUCUUCCUCUUCUUCACUUUAUUCCAUCUUGAUGUUCUUUUGCUGUCUGCUGGCUCUCAGCCAGCAGCACAUGGGCUCAGUCCCCCUAUGGGAUGAACCCACUCUCUCUUCUGUAGCUACAAGCUAAAGCCUGCCUUCAGGAUCAUACUGCAAACUGAAUGUAAGUAAACUUCUUAUUACUUUUCAGAGAGGACUGUUGUGUCUUUAUUCUUUUUAAGAUGGAACAAAGGGGAUUUACCAGGAACAAAUCCAAUUUGGACAAGCCAGACUGGAUUGCUUAAUUUAAAAGAUUCUAACGAAUCUACCAACUAGUUUCCUGCAAUAUACAGGGGAAUGUACUCUGCUACCAGCUCACUAGUGUGAGUGAGGAAGGAUAAUAUUUAAUCAAUAUAUCCUGUCUUGCUAUCCACGACAUUCCCAUACUCCAAGUGUCCUGAUUUUCCAGAAAUGCCUGUAAACCGAUAAGAACAUUGGCAGAAUUAUUGUAAUAACCUGCAGUUUUAUAUGGUUGGAGUAGAUGAAUAAAUGAGCAAAAUAAGUUAAUUUAGAAUAUGCAUUCAGGUAGGUAGCCGUGUUGGUCUGACGCAGUCGAAAUAAAUUUAAAAAUUAAAAAAAAUUGUCCAGUAGCACCUUGUUGUUGUUGUUGUUUAGUCGAUUAGUUGUGUCCGACUCUUUGUGACCCCCUGGACCAGAGCACGCCAGGCACUUCUGUCUUCCACUGCCUCCCACAGUUUGGUCAAACUCAUGUUCGUAGCUUCAAGAACACUGUCCCACCAUCUCAUCCUGGGUCGUCCACUUCUCCUUGUGCCCUCCAUCUUUCCCAACAUCAGGGUCUUUUCUAGGGAGUCUUCUCUUCUCAUGAGGUGGCCAAAGUCUUGGAGCCUCAGCUUCAGUAUCUGUCCUUCCACUGAGCACUCAGGGCUGAUUUCCUUCAGAAUGGAGAGGUUUGAUCUUCUUGCAGUCCAUGGGACUCUCAAGAGUCUCCUCCAGCACCAUAAUUCAAAAGCAUCCAUUCUUCGGCGAUCAGCCUUCUUUAUGGUCCAGCUCUCACUUUCAUACAUCACUACUGGGAAAACCAUGGCUUUAACUAUACAGACCUUUGUCGGCAAGGUGAUGUCUCUACUUUUUAGGAUGCUGUCUAGGUUUGUCAUUACUUCCUUAGAGACCAACUAAUAUGUAGAAGAUGCUUAAAACAAAUUUAAGGAACUGCAGAAAGAAGGGGAAGGAAGUCAAGUUUCGAAAUGUUCAAAUGAUUGUAAAAUCAGUGAAAUGAAUAAACCUGAAAAGUAUUUUUAAAAAUUUAAAACGAGUGUGGAAAAAGCUUUCCUCUAUCACUGCAGAUUAAAAAUAAUGUUAAUAAGGAAACCUGGACCUUUGUCUUUUAGCCAUUAUCACAGCAUGGAAGCCUUUAGUAACUAUGACCUGCUGGAUGCCGUCACCCACAAGAAGGUGGCAGAAGGGCACAAAGCCAGCUUCUGCCUGGAGGAUACGACGUGCGACGCGGGGGUCCGGCGACGAUACGCUUGCACGGCUCACACUCAGGUGAGGGGAGAAGAGAUGCAGGGACAGCAGGUUUCCCCACCCCCUUUUUUACCAGCCUCUGCUCCUCUGCCUUUGUUCUGCAGGGACACUGCUUGCCUUUCCCUGCCAGUUCCCUUGUUGAUCUGCAGACAGGGCACUUUUGUUCUUGCCAGUCUUGGUGCUGACCUUGAAAGCCCUCAAUGGCCUCGGUCCAGUAUAUCUGAAGGAGCGUCUCCACCCCCAUCAUUCAGCCCGGACACUGAGGUCCAGCGCCGAGGGCCUUCUGGUGGUUCCCUCCCUGUGAGAAGCCAGGUUACAGGGAACCAAGCAGAGGGCCUUCUCGGUAGUGGCACCCGCCCUGUGGAACGCCCUCCCAUCAGAUGUCAAAGAGAAAAACAACUACCAGACUUUUAGAAGACAUCUGAAGGCAGCCCUGUUUGGGGAAGCUUUUAAUGUUUAACAGACUACUGUCUUUUAAUACUUUGUUGGAAGCCUCCCGGAGUGGCUGGGGAAACCCAGCCAGAUGGGCAGGGUAUAAAUAAAUAAAUUAUUAUUAUUAUUAUUAGCCACUUGGCCACUUAAAUCAAAGCUGGCAAUCAAAGCUAAAGCUAUGCAAUAUUAGAAACACCAGGGAAAGGCGGCAAUAUUUUAUUUAUCACAGGUUUUUAUGGCCAUUUCCACCUUGAGCUCAUCUGGGGGAUAUGAAUGUGAUAAAUAACAAACUUUAGUGGCAGCUCUUAAAAUUACAAAAGACAAAAGGAGCCAGCCGGCCUCGUAGAAAGGGGUGCCAGUUGGAGAAUGCUGUACAAACCAUGUUGAGAGAAGUAUUCUGUCCGAAAGAAAUACUCAGAGCGAUGUGAUGUUGUCUUCCAUUCAGGGUCUGGGUCCUGGCUGCUACGACACAUACGAUGCUCACAUUGACUGCCAGUGGAUCGACAUUACAGACGUUCCCCCUGGGAAUUAUAUCCUCAAGGUAUGGUUGGCUGCAAAGCUCAAACUGGCAGGUGAAUGGGCGUAGGCAUGAGGGGUCGUCCAGGAACACAGAGGCAUUUUGCCUUGCCAGUAUAACGGACGUGGGUGGCGCUGUGGUCUAAACCACUGAGCCUCUUGGGCUUGCUGAUCGGAAGGUCGGUGGUUCGAAUCUCCGCAAUGGAGUGAGCUCCCGUUGCUCAGUCCCUGCUCCUGCCAACCUAGCAGUUAGAAAGCACGCCUGUGCAAGUAGAUAAAUAGGUACCACUCCGGCGGGAAGGUUAACAGCUUUUCUGUGCGUUGCUCUGGUUUGCCAGAAGCAGCUUAGUCCUACUGGCCACAUGACCUGGAAGCUGUAUGCCGGCUCCCUCGGCCAAUAAAGCGAGAUGAGCGCCACAACCCCAGAGUCGUCUGCGACUGGACCGAACGGUCAGGGGUCCCUUUACCUUUUAAGGAGGAUAAAGCUCUCAACAGAAACCACAGGAAAGAAGGACGUGGCUCUUGUGCAGGGGUAGGCAACCUAAGGCCCGUGGGCCAGAUGUGGCCCAAUCGGCUUCUCAAUCUCACAGGUUCAUGCAGUUAAUGAUAAUAAUAAUAGAUGGGAUGCGGGUGGUGCUGUGGUCUAAACCACUGAGCCUCUUGGGCUUGCCAAUCAGAAGGUCAGCAGUUUGAAUCCCUGCGACAGGGUGAGUUCAUGUUACUCUAUCCCAGCUCCUGCCAACCUAGCACUUCGAAAGCAUGCCAGUGCAAGUAGAUAAAUAGGUAACACUGUGGAGGGAAGGUAAACGGCGCUUCCGUGCACUCUGGUUUCCGUCACGGUGUCCCGUUGCGCCAGAAGCGGUUUAGUCCUGCUGGCCACAUGACUCAGAAAGAUGUCUGUUGACAAAUGCCAGCUCCCUCGGCCUGAAAGCGAGAUGAGCGCCACAACCCCAUAGUCGCCUUUGACUGGACUUAAGCAUCCUUUACCUUUAUUUUAUAUUUGAGAGCCAUAUGUGGUGGAAUUGCAGUAAAGUGAAAGGCUUCUGGGAAUUAAUUUACAAUGAGCUUAAAAAAAUGUUUAAGUAUACUUUUUUAAAAAAAACCGAAGCCUUUCUACUGGGACUAGUUGGAAAAGAUGUUAAAAAGAAAGAUAAAAAUCUAUUCCUGUAUGCCACGACAGUAGCAAGGACUAUGUUGGCCCAGAAUUGGAAAACAGAAGAAAAGCCAACUACAGUAUUACUGAAUAGCAGGUCAAAAUGAUUAAUUAUGCGGAACUGGCUAGACUAUCAGGGAGAAAUAAAGAUCAGGAUGAACAAAAGUUUUAUGAAAAUUGGAGUAAAUACUUGGAUUAUAUAAGAGAUAACUGUAAAUCUUUAAAGACACUGGCAGGAUUUGAUUAACUUCAACAGCUUAUGAUCAAAUAGAUAAAUGUAUAAAAUACGUGACAUAAUGAAAAUAUAUGAUACUUACUGAAGGGGAGGAAGGAAGUCCAAAGCUCAAUGGAGCUAAUGUUAUGUAUGAGAUGUAUUAAUACAAUGAAUGUAUUGGAAUGUAUGUUUGAUGAAAACUAAUAAAAAUUUAAGUUGAGAAAAAUAUACCGUAUUUUUCGCACCAUAGGACGCACCGGACAAUAGGACGCACUUUGUUUUAGAGGGGGGAGAACAAGAAAAAAAAAAAUCUCCCCUCUCUGCCCAGCGCCCCUUCAGCGAAGUAGCAGGAGGCGCUGUGCAGAGAGGGGAGAACUUCCCCUCUUGUUUUCCCGCUCUAAAACAAGGUGCCGUUUAAGGUGCGUUCAGGCGGCUACCUUGGAAGCCUGGAGAGCGAGAGGGGUCGGUGUGCCAGUGACCCCUCUCGCUCACCAGGCGUCAGGUUCCUUUCGACCUUCUCUUUGGGGCUGGCGGGGGGAAGCCCCCCACCAGCCCCAAAGAGCAGGUCAGGGAGCAGCGGAAAGGCGCAGCGGAGAGGCUGCUGCCAUAGCCGCGCGUCACCUCUCCAGCCGGGAGAGGGUCGCGGGGCUAUGGCGUCUUCGCUCCAUAGGACGCACACACAUUUUCCCUUCAUUUUUGAAGGGAAAAAAGUGCGUCCUAUAGAGCGAAAAAUACGGUAUAUAUUUGAGAGCCUAGAAUUCUUGCAACAAGACUUUCCUGGUGAAGAAGAAGAGGAAAAACAAUCCUUAUUAUGAUUAGAGCUUGCAACAGUUGAAGCUGGUCAGUUAAGGACACUGCCUGAUUUUAGGAGUGGAAACAGUGGGGUGGAACUUGACUGUAUUGUUCUUAUCCCAUUUUCAAGGUGACUGUUAAUCCGGACUUUUUGGUGCCCGAGUCAGAUUUCACAAACAAUGCUGCCAGGUGUGAUGUAAUAUACACAGGGACGCAUGCCACCGCGAGGAACUGCAAGAUCACCAGGUACCGUGAGGGAAGAGUGAUUUGUAGCACUUGACGGGGCCCCCUAAGUUCUUCUAGUCCAACCCCCCAUCAGAGCAGGGACAGUUUCCCUGCCUCCGUUAGGUGAAAAGAGAGGCCUGUAAUGAUGUCGUCAGCACAUCGUCAGGAGUAUUUUUCUCUCCAGGCAGCCAUGUCUUUCUACAAAAAGAACAACAAACCCCUGUGUUGCAAACUUAACACAACAAACAGUGCAAGCAACACGAAGACCUGCAAUUCUUAUUGCAUAAUAUACAUGAUUUAGUACUGCAAUUCUUAUUGCAUAAUAUACAUGAUUUAGUACAACAAAAACAAAAUGUGUACACUUGUAAAUUCUCUAAUGUAUUUAAAAUCAUUAGCAAGAACCCAUUAAGUUAAGAAACUAUGUUUUUUUCUUUUUUAAAUAGAUGAAUGACUAUUGUGAUGAACAAAAAUGAACACAAUGUUAGAGGUUUUUGUGAAGUAACAAGUUGGAUAUCACGCAUGUGGGUGAAGGGAGUCACACCGCUACUUGGGUAUAAGGGAAGGUGGUUGCAGGGUUAGAUGUGGGGAGUUUACAGAAAUAAUAUAUUCAUGUUAUGUACAAUGUUGAAGGAGUAUGGCAAUCAACAUGUAAUGUGAAUUAAUUGAAAAUAAUAAAAAAAUUGGCAGGGACGCAGGUGGCGCUGUGGGUAAAACCUCAGUGCCUAGGGCUUGCCGAUCGUAUGGUCGGCGGUUCGAAUCCCCGCGGCGGGGUGCGCUCCCGUCGUUCGGUCCCAGCUCCUGUCCACCUAGCAGUUUGAAAGCACAUCAAAGUGCAAGUAGAUAAAUAGGUACCACUCUGGUGGGAAGGUAAACGGCAUUUCCGUGCGCUGCUCUGGUGCUGGCUCACCAGCUGCAGCUUCGUCACGCUGGCCACGUGACCCGGAAGUGUCUUCGGACGGCGCCGGCUCACGGCCUCUAGAGCGAGAUGAGCACGCAACCCUAGAGUCGGACACGAUUGGCCCGUACGGGCAGGGGCACCUUUACCUUUACCUUUUUAAUAAAAAAAUUAUUAAAGGGGGUGAAUAAACUGAGACGUAGAAAAGCAAAAUAAAAUAAAAUCGUUAGCAGGAUUGGAAUAUCACUUGUAGUUUAAUGGUGAAUUUUGGACACAGUGGAGAUAUAAAAGAUUUGGAUGAUCAUAAAAGAUGCAGGAGGAAAUGAUUAGGGAAGCUUUUAAUGUUUAAUAGGUUUUGUAUUUUAAUAGUCUGUUGGAAGCCACCCAGAGUGGCUGGGGAAACCCAGCCAGAUGGGCGGGGUAUAAAUAAAUUUAUUAUUAUUAUUAUUAUUAUUAACAGCAGGACCCACAAAGGGGAGGCGGAAAGUCCUUGGAAUCUUGUUUUCAUGUUGUAUAUUCGAUAUAUGACUGUAAAGUUUUAAUCUGAAAAGCCAAAUAAAUAAUUUUUUCUAAAGAAAAGAAAAAACACGUUCGUGAAUUGAUGUUAUGACUCAACUGCUAUUUCUUUCCUUUCCCACCCACUGCAGCAACUAAACGGCGACCCGAUUGCAGUGGAGCAAGACGGCUUCGUACCCCAUUUCCCUCAAAUGCUUCAAACCAUCUCUGCAACCCCGUCAGACCGAAGGAGACUCUGUGGCUCAGGACGCGUUUUAAAAUUUGCCCAGCCCUCGCUUCCUAUCCUGUCCCAGCUGCCACCAGUAUUAAGUUUUAUGCAUUCGCUUUUAGGGAGACUGCUGAUAUAUUGACGCUAGCCUAGGACUUGCCGAUCAGAAGCUCGGCAGUUCAAAUCCCUGCGACGGGGUGAGCUCCCAUUGCUCGGUCCCUGCUCCUGCCAACCUAGCAGUUGGAAAGCACGUCAAAGUGCAAGCAGAUAAAUAGGUACCGCUCCGGCGGGAAGGUAAACGGCGUUUCCGUGCGCUGCUCUGGUUUGCCAGAAGCUGCUUAGUCCUGCUGGCCACAUGACCCGGAAGCUGUACGUCGGCUCCCUUGGCCAAUAAAGCGAGAUGAGCGCCGCAACCCCAGAGUCGGCCACGACUGGACCUAAUGGUCAGGGGUCCCUUUACCUUUACCUUACCCUUACCCAGACAGAGAGAAUAGAAGAGGAGGGGGCUGCCUGAACCCACCCACCUCCCCUUUCCCAAUGCAGAGAAAGCCCACAUUGCACAGAAUGGUACCCAACGAUAAAGAAAUUUACACUAGGUCAUUUUCUAGGUCCCAGCUCUACAGUUCUGCGGCUCUAAGAAAACCUCCGAGAAAAACCACCAGCAUCCUCCAGGGGUCAGCAAACCUUUUCAGCAGGGGGCCAGUCCACUGUCCCUCAGACCUUGUGGGGGGCCGGACUAUAUUUUGGGGGGGAAAUGAACAAAUUCCUAUGCCCCACAAAUAACCCAGAGAUGCAUUUUAAAUAAAAGGACACUCAUGUAAAAACACUCUGAUUCCUGGACCGUCGGUGGGCCAGAUUUAGAAUGCGAUUGGGCUGGAUCCGGCCCCUGGGCCUUAGUUUGCCUACCCAUGAAUUCUAAGCCUUUCCCUGCCAUAAAUUUGAGGUGCUUGUGUUAUUUCAGUGGUGCAGCAGGAUUGAUGCCAGCAUAGAGAGUGCAGCAGCCCAAAUAAGCAAACCUGCAACUGCCACGCCACCAGCCAUCUAGGAAUGGAAUUAGAAACCAUGCAAUAGGCACAUCUUGGAGCAACGUCUGGACGGAAGCACAGCUCUCCUUCGAAAGCCACGCUCCUCUGAGCUUUGUGGCGCGGCCCUCCAAGCAAACGAUACGUACAAAAAUUUACCUGUUCGGAAGAAAUGUGCAUCGAUUAGGCGAGGCGGCGUACAAAGAUGUAUCCGGAGAAAUUGGCACUAAAAAGUUGUCAGAUUCCCAUGAGGACUUUUGUUUGUUUUCCCCUUCAGUGAAAAUUGCCGCAGAAAUCUGGAGGACUGGUUUUAAGACUGGAAAAACUAGAAACCUAAGAGAACCAAAACUGACCAAUUCAUUCAUCCCUAGUGCCAAAUGUCCUUUGGCCCAGCAGAAGGAAGACCUCACAUUUUCCCAGCUCGCCUUCAUCCCUCCUUUAUCCAGCUUCACAACACUCUUUCCUUUUUCACCUCUCCCCCUGGCAAAACGCAAAUGUUAAGCUUGACGCAAAGGGGUGAGGGCACUGUCCGUGGGGGUCUUCUGUGCAAAGUGCAUUGAUGGUGCUUUAAUACUUAAAAACAACAACUAGGGGCUGCAGCUUGCUCUUUAGCCAACCCCUCUGACCUUCCCGUUAAUCCCACUAGAGCUUCGCCUUACUACCCCACGCAACUACAAAACUCGCUUUUCACCUCCCCAGCCCUAUCCCUGAACCGUGGCAGACUUUAGGCUUCCAAAUUUCAG